AGGGUUUUGAUUUUUUGUUCAUUUAAUUUAAAACGAUUACAAUUCGCAGUACCCAUUUUCUUCGAGAAAACAAUAUUCUCCGGUCUCCAGCUAGCCACCUUAUCUCUCAAUCUUCCUGCUUAUGUUCUAAAAAAAUUCAAAGCUUUUGUGGGAGAUUUGGUUCCUUAAUUUUUUUCGAAGGAAACAUCAGGAGAGACAUGGAAGCUGUUUUAAAAACCAGAGGGCUUCUUUCAUUACCACCUAAUCCAAUCAGAGCCAGAAGUCUUUUGAACCCAUCACAAGGCUUAAAGCAGAGGCUUUUUGCUUCAAAGCCCUUAGGUCUUAAUGGGAUAUCUCUAUCUUAUAAAAGAGUACCAAGGGUUGUAGCAAAUCCAAAUGGUUUAUCCCCGAAAGGGAAGAACUUCAUUUGCAAGGCUGAGGCUACAGCUGCAGCUGAUGAUGGCCAGCCUUUGAUUGGGGAAUCUGAGAAGCCAAAGUUUUUGGGUAUUGAGCUUGUGACUCUUAAGAAGAUUAUCCCACUUGGGUUAAUGUUCUUUUGUAUCCUCUUCAAUUACACGAUACUUAGAGACACAAAGGAUGUCUUGGUUGUGACAGCUAAAGGAAGCAGUGCUGAGAUUAUACCAUUUUUGAAGACAUGGGUUAAUUUGCCUAUGGCAGUUGGGUUCAUGUUGUUAUACACCAAGUUGGCUAAUGUUUUGUCAACGAAGGCUCUUUUCUACACCGUUAUUGUUCCUUUCAUAAUCUUUUUUGGUGCAUUUGGGUUCCUGUUGUAUCCUCUCAGCAACUACAUCCACCCUCAAGCUCUUGCUGACAAGCUUCUUGCAGUUCUUGGACCAAGAUUCCUUGGUCCUCUUGCAAUUUUCAGGAUUUGGAGUUUCUGUUUGUUCUAUGUCAUGGCUGAACUUUGGGGUAGCGUGGUAAUUUCUGUUCUAUUUUGGGGGUUAGCUAAUCAGAUAACUACUGUAGAUGAAGCAAAGAGAUUCUAUCCUCUGUUUGGACUUGGAGCGAAUGUUGCCCUCAUUUUCUCUGGUCGAACUGUCAAGUACUUCUCUAAUUUGAGGCAAAAUCUGGGUCCUGGAGUUGAUGGCUGGGCCAUCUCCUUAAAGGGAAUGAUGAGCAUUGUGGUGCUGAUGGGGGUAACCAUAUGUUUCCUAUACUGGUGGGUGAAUAAUUUUGUUCCCCUUCCCACACGUAGCAAGAAGAAGAAGGAAAAGCCUAAAAUGGGAACAAUGGAAAGCUUGAAAUUCUUAGUAUCUUCAAGGUACAUCAGGGAUCUUGCUACUUUGGUGGUUGCAUAUGGUAUUAGCAUCAACCUUGUUGAAGUUACCUGGAAGUCGAAGCUCAAAGCUCAGUUUCCAAGUCCGAAUGAAUACUCCUCCUUCAUGGGUGAUUUCUCUACUGGCACUGGAAUAGCGACAUUCACUAUGAUGCUACUAAGUCAAUUUAUAUUUGACAAAUACGGAUGGGGAGUUGCAGCAACAAUUACACCCACUGUCCUGCUUCUGACUGGAAUUGGUUUCUUUUCCUUGAUAUUAUUCGGUGAUCCAUUUGCGCCUGUUCUUGCAAAAUUUGGCAUGACUCCUCUUCUUGCAGCAGUAUAUGUAGGUGCCUUGCAAAACAUUUUCAGUAAGAGUGCAAAGUACAGUUUAUUUGAUCCUUGCAAAGAGAUGGCCUAUAUUCCAUUGGACGAGGACACCAAGAUUAAAGGAAAGGCUGCCAUCGAUGUUGUCUGCAAUCCAUUGGGGAAGUCUGGGGGUGCUCUGAUUCAGCAGUUCAUGAUCUUGACCUUUGGAUCACUUGCAAAUUCAACCCCGUACCUAGGAGGGAUACUCAUGGUGAUUGUUUUUGCAUGGCUAGCAGCAGCCAGGUCUUUGGAUACACAAUUCACAGCAUUGCGUAGGGAAGAAGAACUUGAGAAAGAAAUGGAAAUAGCAGCCGUCAAGAUCCCAAUUGUGUCUGAAAGCGGAAGUGCCUCUCAUACAAGCGAUUCAUCGGUAAACCCAGCAGCAGGUGACUCACCCGGAAGUUCAUCUGAAACAUCGACUCAAAGCAAUAUCUAGAAAGUAAUUCUCCCGGUUGUUAUGGAACAGGAAGAAUAAGCAGCAGUGGUAGAUGACUACUGCUACUCGAGUUUAGUUUUUAUGUAUCUAAAAGCGAAAAUGCUUG